AUGGCCGAGCCUAAAUCCAUCCCCAGCGAGCCCAUGCCACUGGACAUGGAGAACCGAGACCCCAACAACAUGAACGACCACGUCAGAGUCCUCUUUGAAGAUGCGUUCGGGGAGCCGGAGGGGUCGCACAGUAUCCCCGGGGUGUGGGGGAUGUCCUACAAGACGUUCCGAGGGGUGAAGAACUGCUGUUACAUCGUGCUGUCCAUCCUGUGCGGCUGCCCGCUGGCCUUCUGCUGGGCGCUGGAGUUCGCCUGCGUCCAGUGCUGCCACGUCUGGUGCGUCGGGCCCUGCAUACGCCUCUGGAACAUGAACGUGUCCUGUCUGAAGUUGUUCUGGAGCUCCUGCGUCCACUGUCUGUGCGACCCGUGCUACGAAGCCUGCGGCCUGUGCUUCAGCCUCAUCCGGGUCCAGAAUAAGAAUGGAUAAAGGGACCGGUGGCCCCCGUCACUGACCUCCGGCGCCAGAACUU